GCAUCCAAAGUGCAAAUAACAAAGUAACGUUUUCUGCUCUACAAGUUCAAGUAAUUUAUGAGGUUAUAAGUUAGAGGAAUAUGAAGUGGACAUGUGAGUAACUCCUUGGUGGGAAUUAUUUUGAGAAGUUAAACUGAACAUUUAUAUGAAAAAGACAGGCAAAGAUAAGACUCGAGUUCUGCGCUGAUGAGUGGUCAUUGUAUCUUAUUCCUUUGCAAGAACCUUACAGAAGAAAGCAAGAAAUACAAAGUAAAGUUACUUCAAUAGGUCAUUUUAAAGUGAUGUUAUUUAGUUGUUUGUGUUUUAUUCAUAUUUAAAAUCUCACAAUGCGUUUUAACAUUUACACGAACCCCAUUACAUAUGAGACAUUUGUUUGUACUAUAUUAAGCAUAAUGUUUGUUACUGAGGCUCUAACCUGUAAUAUCACUAACUGUACUUGCAUUUGGAGAAAUGGCAAACAGACAGCUGAGUGUCCAAGUGGGGGAUUUACAACUGUUCCACGAGGACUUGACAGUGGUAUUCAAGUGCUUAAUUUGACAAGUAACAAUUUUCGUGGACUAGGUCGUGAAAUUUUUGUAGAUGCAGGAUUAGGCAAUUUACAGAAAGUACAUCUAGCUCGCUGUGGGAUUGAAUGGAUCGACGAAUUUGCCUUUAGUCGUCUCACCAAUUUAAUCGAGUUGAACCUGGGUUACAACAAGCUUCAGGCUAUUCCCUCGGCAAGUUUUCAUCACUUACCCCGGUUACGAGAACUCGUACUUAGCGGAAAUAGCAUUUCUACCGUUCCCAAUCUAGCUUUUCAAUCAGCUAAAUCGUUGACUUAUCUAGAGCUGAGCAGAUGUCACAUACAUACAAUUGGAGAUAGAGCGUUUGAAGGCUUGAGAAACCUUAAAGUGCUGAAGAUCGAUCAAAACAAUUUAAAGACGUUUCCAGGUAAAGCCAUAAAUCAUUUACAAUCUUUGUAUGAGAUAACGAUAGACGGGAAUCCUUGGACUUGUGACUGCAACCUCCGCGCAUUCCGCCAGUGGAUGGAUAAAAACAACGUUCCAAUAUAUGUGCCCCCUAUCUGUACAAACCCUUCUAGACUGAGAGGUAAAAGCUGGAGCCAAAUAAACCUUGAAGACUAUUCCUGUCCUCCUCGUUUUUUGAACACUUCCAGUGUUGUUAGUGUCUUUGAGGAUUUCAACGUUACACUGGAAUGUCGAGUACUUGGCGAUCCUAGUCCUAAUAUAAAGUGGAUUUGGAGAGAUAGAACAAUUGCUAAUUUAUCUGAAGGCAUAUCUGAACGACAGGUGUUUGUAAUUCUUGAGAAAGAAUUAGGGAGAGUAAAAACAGCAACCUUGGAAAUUACAUUCAUUCAGGAACCUAAUGCUGGUUCGUAUUCCUGCAUUGCAGAGAAUAAUGCAGGAAUAGCAUCUCAAAAUUUUUCUUUGGUUAUCUCUCGACGACCUGUUACUGAAGGCAAAGUUUCAAACGAAGAAAAACCACAGGAAGUGCGAGAAAAUGAUACAAACGAGGAUGUUACUAGUGCCGAUGGGGUUGUUAUUGGAAUGAUUAUUGGUAUCGUAGUGGGAGCUAUUCUAGUUCUGUUGAUAUUUAGUAUAUUCUUAUGGGUUUUACGAAGAAAACGAAUAUCGAGUCAAAGAAGACACUCUGACGUAAGCAACAAAGCUACUAACUCCGAUAAUAAUCCUGUUCCUAAAAACCCUUGCGAUGAAGUGGACCUAAAAUUCCUUAACCAAGUAAACCCCAACGAAAAGCUUCCGAGAAUAAGGAAUUACCAAAACAUUCCAACUGGCGAUAUCGGUCAAUACGAUCCGAUGAUAAUAGAAUGUGAGCAACCUCAACAACUCUUUGUGGUAAAUGAUCAUUUAUCACAUGACACUAACUGGGAAAUGUCUAUAGCAGAAGAUCCUUCUUUCCAACCUCCUCCCUUUUCAGAGAAACGUUACUCUCGAGGUCUAAUUCCAGUUCCGGUACCUGUGCCCCCUCAAGAUUUUCAUUCACGUUUGCAAACAGAGCUAUCAGAUACAUUACAGCGGAAAUGUGACAAAAAAUCAACAGAGAGGGAAAGAGGAGACGGUAGCUCAGAAUUAGAAGCAGGAGAAUACGAAGGAACCUCCAAACAUUUUAUUGAAACCUUGCGUGUUAAAGAACUACAAAAAACCUUUAAAGAUGAUGAAAAUAGAUUAAGUAUGCCUCAAUUGCAUUCAGAGAAUAAAACCCCUGAUCUACUUGAUCACAGUCGACAUUCACAGCCGGAAACCUCUCGUAUCUGGAGUCGUUACGAACAUCCGUCAGCUUAUUUUCAUCCCUCCCACGAGUACACUACGAAUGGUUUACAGGGCGGAGCCAAUGGUACAGAAGUGUGAAAAAACAAAGUAUAGAUACGUUGCUCUCUUCAUUUUGGGAAGAUCUAUUUUUUUUUCCUUAACUAGCAUGUGGAGCUACAUUCUGAACAAAUGAAAUAAAUACAGUCUGUCAUUUGUAAGUGAACAAUAUAAACAGAAAAAAAAA